AUGGAUUGCGUGCACCUGCAGUUGUACAAAGACUUAAAAGAGAGGCAAAAGAACGGUCAAACGAAGGCGUCUCUGUCUCUCCAGCAGUACCUCGGCUUCGAAUCUGGUUUUACGUUAGACAAAGAGUCUAAUACUUUGGGCAUACUAUGUGAAGACGUGGUUCCAGUUCUGGCUUUUGAUACACGAGAAAUUCUCAUACAAUGGAGGGUUAAGGUGCAACACAACCUCGGCAGUAGUAAAGAAUUUGCAGCCGUGAUCAUAUCAGCACCAUCAAGUACAGGAAUCAAGCCAGGUCCUGUUCGGCUGCACGCAUGUGGGUCGCGGCUAGCGUUAUGUGCUUCUAGACCUCCCGAAGUGCUGGCGCUUUGGGAAGUUAAGCUUUUGAGACGUUUCGGCGUAGUAGAUAAACGGUUCUGCGUCGAAGGCGGCUCCCGGUGCGGCAAGGGCGAAGGCCUAUUCGUGUUCGCUGCGGAGGGAGGUCGGGAACUGACAGAGCUUCUUAAUAUCUACAGUCACGAGGCGCAGUCGAGAUUGAGCGUCGCUUCUAGAAGUGGUUCAGUUAUGGAAAAGAGAUACUCCGACACCAGUUCGUGCAUGGACGACUGUUUCCACCAAUCUAUGCGUUCUGUCUCUCCGUCGUGGGCUGGGCCCGCUAGUCAGACGAUGCACUGUCUCACUGAUUUGGAUGCGAGCCUUGAUAGCAACGAAGACAAGUUUAGAAGACCGACUUCUCUACCGAGAUGUUCCAGUUGUAUUGGCAAAAUUAGUCAUUUGACGAGGUCGUCAACUAUGAACACGCCAGGAUCCAUGAUGUCUCCAGUCUGGACAAUGGACAACAUUAUGGAAAAACGGUCUGAUUCAGACCGGGCAUCCAUUUACUCACGAUCCAGUGGCAGCGCUUCGGAAUAUUCCGUUCCACGCAGCGCAUGCCUUUUGGAUAAGAGUUUCGACUCGAAAAGAGCGAGUCCAGUCGCGUGCUGCACGCCUACAGUACCAGUGAAGACUGGAAGCAGCUGCCAGUGCUGGCUGCAGCCGAAACCCUGCUGCUGCAGAAAGAAAACCUUCAAUGGACCUUACGAAAACUAUGAUGUGCCAAAGACCCCAAUGCCUUUAAUACAGGAACACCCAGUAGACGUCCACGCGGAAGCGGCAAGCUUAUACGACACACCAAAGAAACUUAAGUGCCUAAUUGGCCAAUCGUGCGGCUGCAACCACAACGAGACCAAAAACGACGACAACCAAAACCCUACCGAGCCUUGUGAUACUAACGUUAACGAUAACUCGAACUACGUAAAUGUAACCCCCUCGAAACCGCAGAUAGAUCUGUCCAACUACGCGAACAUAGACAGAGCUACUCUGGAAGAAUUCGAGAGCUCCCUCCGCAUUUUACGGAGCGCCGGCUUCAGUCAAGAAGAGCUGGACGCCCUAGAAGACAUUCCAGAAAACGAAACGACCAUCCUAACAACAGACUGCUGUAACGAGCACUUAAACUAUAUGCAUAUGGAACCGCUAGAGAACAGCUCUUCGAGCAAUAGCAAGAACUUGUCAGACAACAUUAGCAGAAUCAGUCACGUGUCAGAUCCAACCCAUUCGGAGACAGACAACACUAUCAGCACACGGCGAUCAAGUUCUGCAGACUUUACCAAAAGACUUGACGAAGAUUUGAACCCCAGGUUUUGCUAUACGCCUACAGUCAUCCGGCGGGCUUGCAAGACUGAUUGUAUCAACGAAGGUGUUCCAGUAAAAAAUGAAGAGUUCAAAGUCCCGGGGCCCAAGACUGAGAAUAUUUUAGUCGCGCGGUUCAGAGAUGCGGUGAAGAUCAGAAGGUCUUCCAGCGUUCCUAGUAAAUCUGAUAAGAAUAGGGAUUCGUCUAGUUCCAAUGAUUCCGGAGUGUCUACGGGGUCAUUAAAGCACCACAAAGGGGACUUCAAUGAAUUUGAGAUGCCUGUAACCAAUUCCAAAUCCUCUAAGAAGCACAUAAAGAACAAGCAGUUCAGGUUAACGCUCACUCCAGUACACGCCCCUUUUGUGAAGUCCAGCUCUUCAGAUCCGUUGAAAAAUUUGACAUUUCAAUUCGAGGAAGUCGCGACAAUGGCAAAAUCCAACUCAUGCGAUGUUGACACGCUAACGAGGAGGAAGAAAAGGAACGGUGAAACAGACUCAACAGCCCGCCACAGUCAAAUGACAGCUAAGAGUACCUCGAGCGGCGCCUCCGAUACUUCAGACUACAUGGAGUCCCUUUCAGUAUCGUCGUUCUCGUCUUGCGACGUAUCUGCGGACCGCCAUGUAACUAGACCGCGAUCUGGCAAAGAAUACGCUAGCAUUGACCGUGCCGUGCUAGCUAGCGUUUGUGACAAUUGA